UCGUCCCAUCAUCAUGACAGCCGACCGCGUCCUCCACCUCCUUCGCGCGCCGGCGGCUUCCCCGGCGGCAGCUCACGGCCGGGGCCCUCCCCGGCCGCAGCGCGUCGGCCUCCCACCGGUAAAGCGGCGCGUCGGCGUGGCCUGCUCCAGCUCCACCGAGGAGGAGGGCAUGACUUACAAGGGCGCCGGCGUGGACAUAGACGCUGGCUCCGAGCUCGUGCGCCGCAUCCGCAAGAUGGCCCCCUGGAUAGGCGGCUUCGGCGGCAUCCUCCCCCACAAGGAUGAAUACCUUGUAUUUAGCGUUGAUGGUGUUGGGACAAAGCUGAAGCUUGCAUUUGAAACUGGUAUUCAUGAUACAAUUGGGAUUGACCUGGUAGCUAUGAGUGUUAAUGACAUCCUAACAUCAGGUGCAAAACCAUUGGUCUUCUCAGAUUACUAUGCUACAGGCAAGCUUGACGUCGAUCUUGCAGAGAAGGUUAUUAAGGGAAUUCUGGAUGGAUGCGAACAAUCAGGCUGUAAUCUGAUAGGAGGAGAGACAGCAGAGAUGCCGGGUUUCUAUGCGGAAGGUGAAUAUGAUCUAGGUGGUUUUGCCAUGGGUGUUGUGGACAAGGAUAAGCUCAUCAACGGUAAAAAUAUCGUGGAGGGAGAUAUCCUCAUUGGUCUUCCUUCAAAUGGGGUUCAUUCAAACGGGUUCUCUCUCGUUAGAAGAGUAUUGGACAAAAGUGGACUCUCCUUGACUGAUCAGUUCCCAGGAAACGAUGGCAAAACAACUACCGUCGGUGAAACUCUCAUGACACCGACUAUCAUCUAUGUUAAGCAGGUGCUUGAGAUCAUAAGCAAGGGUGGUGUGAAAGGACUAGCCCAUAUCACUGGUGGUGGCUUCACUGAUAACAUCCCGAGAGUAUUUCCUUCUGGACUCGGGGCCAAAAUCUUCACUGGAUCGUGGGAAGUGCCACCUGUGUUCAAGUGGCUUCAACAUGUUGGAAAAAUUGAAGACGCCGAGAUGAUGCGGACGUUCAACAUGGGCGUCGGGAUGGUCCUUGUAGUAAGCAAGGGGGCAGCUGACAGGAUUAUCGAGCAAUCAAGCCCUGCUUACCGCGUUGGAGAGGUGAUCCAGGGCAAGGGUGUUCACUAUGUCUGAUGCCUUCGAUAAGCUUUUAGCUCAAAUUUGGAGUGAUUUGAGAUUUGUUUUGUCGUGUGGGCAAAGCAGCCGAAUUUUUGUAACUCUUUUAUCUUAGGCGAGCUUCGAGUGUUCAGUUGAACUUCUUUCAAUGGAGAAGUUGAGAAUAUUUUAUUACUUUUGUAUCAACAUCUUUAUAUAUAUAAAUUAAUGAUAUUUUUGUACUAGAGACCU